GGCGAGGGAACCCGUGCAGGCGAACAGAGCUUCGUUAUCGAGACAGAAGGAGCUGGAUUCAAUCUCUUGUUUCCAGCGACCAGUUAUAAACUCUUGCCAUCUUUUCUCUCCUCAUUCCAGUGUUGAAGAUGCGGCCGGAGACGAACCUCUCACGAGUGUCCAACUAUUCCCUGCUGUGGAGCCUGGCGGAGAGGGAGGGGAACGGCAGCAUCUGGUUAUCUCCCCAGGAUGUGAUGGUCGGGGUGCUGCUCACUGCCAUUGACCUGAUCACCUUCGUGGGCAACUCUGUGGUGUUCAUCUGUCCGGCAGUGGAGAAAAGGCUGAGGACAGUCACUUAUAUGUUCAUCAUGUCACUGGCCAUGGCAGAUUUACUACUUGCUUGCCUUGUUAUGCCCUUCAGUAUUAUUUAUGAAGUAACAGGAAUGUGGAUGUUUGGUAGACAGUUCUGCAAAGUCUGGAUCUCCUUCGAUGUCAUGUUCUGCACGGCCUCCAUCGUCACUCUGUGUUUCAUCAGCUUAGACCGGUACUGCUCGGUUGUCACCCCUUACUACUACCCAAAGAGGAUGUCUCGCAAAAGAUGCAUCAUAAUGGCAGUGACAAUUUGGGUCUACUCAUCAUUAAUAUCGUUUCUACCCGUAAUGCAAGGAUGGAAUGAGAUACCAGGCGUCAAUUUUGAUGCCGGGACAGAAUGUGUCUUUGUGACCAACUGGGCAUUUGCUAUCGUGGCAUCGGCCUUGGCAUUCUACAUCCCCUUCCUGAUCAUGUGCAGCAUGUACUUCUUCAUCUACCGGGCAUCCCGCCUGAAAUCCAGCAGGAUCAUGGCACAGACACUGGACCUCCACUACCACCCCAAUAGCAAGCGGCCAGAUAACCUACAGCUGGAAAACAAGGCCACGCGGACAAUGAGCAUCAUCAUUUCAGUUUUUGUCAUGUGCUGGCUCCCAUAUUUUGUCUUUAAUAUCUGGCUAGCGGUCCACGGAGCUGAGUCGACCAGCGAUGUCAUCCCCCACAUCUUCAAAGUGAUAACCUGGUUGGGCUACUGCAAUUCGACCAUCAACCCCAUGCUGUAUGCUUUCCUCAACCGUGACUUCCAGCGGGCGCUGAAGAAGCUGCUCAUCUGCCGACGCUGGAGGACACAGGUGGACAUUGGCGAGGACAUGGUAUCCAUUGUGACCUUCUCGAAGACAGCCCAGGAUACUGAAUACAACACCAAGGUGACUGGCAUUCCCAAUGGACGCAAAAGCAAAUCAAAGGAAUAGGUGGGGUCUGGUGGAGGAGACUCCUGUGAUCUGUAAACUCGGACCUAAACCAGUUGGGCAUAAUGACCUGCCUCUGCGCCAUAAAUAACAUGACCUGUCCUUUGCCACGAACCUCAAAGAACACUGCCUAUAGGAUCUAGGGAUCUCUGUUGUCAUUGCAUUCACCUUUCCUAGCGUUACGUUCAUUCUGUCUUCAGUUCAAGGGGACCUCUGGCAUCCAACAGUAGUGAUGUCCUCAAGCAGACCAAGCAGCCAAUCACAUUGAAGCAUCCUCAUAGACAAUAAAACAGGAAGUAAAAGCCACUGAUUAUCUUUCAUUUUGAAUAAUCUUAUACAUGGCAAGAUGGAGAUUGGGCGCUACACAAAUAGAUUAAAGCAGAAGUUGAAAAAUCAUAAAUUUCAACACCAAUACAAUAUUCAAAGAAAAUUUUUCAUUUAGUUUGUUUCAUUCGAAAAAAAUCGACAUUCAACACAUCUGAAAGUGGUACUUUUAGUGACAGAAGUUAUUCAGGAAUAAUUCUGAACAAAAUAGGUAAUUGAAAAUUCAGUUACCCUUCAUUUACAGAAGGCGUACAAUUUGCAGGAGCUUUUACAUUGGGACUUAUCGUGUAAAAGUGGAAGAUUACCCUAAAUUAAGAGACUCAAAACAUUUACAUUUGCAGGGAAUUUAACAGCAGACCCAGCAUAGGAACUGGGUCCAACAACAACAUUUUAGCUUCCGACGCCAACUACAAAUAAAUCAAUAAACUCCAAAAGCUGUACCAUCAGGGCUACCACAAAAUCCAGACUUUCUAUAUAAUUCUGUACACACCAUGUCCUAUUUUCCACUAUUUGAUUCAUAUUACUGUGGUCAUUUUACUCCUUGUCAUUUCUCCCUUAUUCCUUGUAAGUUCCAAAUGUCUACAUUAUCUACCUCCUUUCUUGUAUUGUAAUGAAAUUUAUUUGCUCCAAAUCAUUUUCCAAGAUCCUCAGAUGCAUGGGUUCUUCAUUUCCCUAAGCCUUCCUGUCUUACUGCAGGCAAUUAUUUCCGAAUCCCCAAAUUGCUGUCACUACUUCCUAAUUUAAUUUUUGUAUUCUCUGCUAUUUUGAGUCUUGUGGUGUCCAACACUGUGAACUUUAGUCCUUCACUUAGGCUUCUCCAAUAAAGACUUAUAAGAGGAUUGUGGGCAUGGUGGGGAGAAAAAGCAUUUCAAACGUUUUGCAUAUUACACGUGAUGCUGUGUUAAACAUUAGACACUCUUAUUAGAAUACUGAUGCCGUGGACUGUAUUACAAUUCACAUAAGACACCAAACAGCUUGGCAUCAUGAUGUGAAAAUAAUAUCGUGUUUGCUCAUUGCACUGUUGUGCAUUACUGUCUGACAAGAGUUAUUUGACAAUGGGAGUCAAAUAACCAGAGAUAGAUUCUACAAAAGAUGAUAGACUGGGAAGUCCAAUGUCCAUGUGCUCAUUUCCAUUAAGCACUAUCUCUCAUGCUGUGCAAUUAUUUUCACAGACAAUUGCCCAUCCAGUUCUCCAUUGAAUCUGCUGAUGUUAUCUGCUUAAUGUGUUCCCAGGAUAGCUUUGUCUACUUCAUCACCAUUCUUCUGCAUAAACCUAGAGAAAUUGUUCAUCUUCCCUCUUCAGAGUUGUGCAUAUUGUAGGUUUUCUUUUUCAGCUUGACAUUAAUGUGCUGUCCUGUUGUGGUAAUAGUCCAGCAUAGAACUAAGCCGGAUAGAGCAUAUAGAUAUAGACCAUGUUGAAUCACUAGCCUGUGCUGAUCUUGUCUAAUUUCCUACAAAUACAGCUGGUGAAUUGGUGGGCUGGAAAUCUUUACCCAAUGACAUGGCAAACUCUAGCAGUAGAUUGUGUCUGCUUUCAAAGUUUUGAUGUGCCCAAAGGAUUAAUUCAUCUACAAAUGUGACUUCAAUAGAGAUUUGCUCCUCUCUAUCCAUCCAGAUUACAGUAACAGGCUCAUUUCAGAUAGAUCUUUGCUGGAACAGUCUUAGUAAAAUGAUGAGUAGUGCGCAGAUUUACUGUCGGUCCACUUCUUUGCGGGAGGACCUGCAGCGCAGAAGGGCAGCAAGAAGGUGAAGAGUCUUGAGAAUCUAAUCUGUCAUUCAACACCUGUUCCUCUGAGGGAUGAAUCCAGAUUUCAGACCCAUUUCUUCUCAGCACUUAUUCCUUAUCCCGAUCCAACCCAGGGCUGGGCAGAUGAUAAUGUAUCCCUUCUACCAAUAAUCUUUUUAUCUUUCUUUAUUCCAACGGCUGGAGCAUCUCUAUUGCCUCAAGCAGACAAUUUGUUGGUGUUCCGAAUGGGUUUUCUUGGUCACUGUACAAGUAUUCCCUGUUGAGAACUCUGCACCAUGCAACUCCCUCCCUCAUGGUUGUGAAAGUAGCAGUGAAAUGCUUGUUUUGUGGCACUUGGUGGUAUUUCUGGCUUAACUGCACAUUAAGCUGUCAGAAUAAAUAAAUAUAUUUUGCACAAAUAA